GGAGUUUCAACAUCUAAAGACAGAGGAGGAAGCAUGUAAGGAACACCCCUCCAACUCCAAAGAGAAGCAGCUGAUUCCAACGACUACUCUCAAUUAUUAUUUCUUCUUCUUCUUCUUCACAUGAGGAUGCAACAACAACAACAUUAGAAGAAUCAAACACAAAACAAAUCAACAUGGGUUGUAGUGGCAACUUGUUCUUCACAAUUCUCAUAACCUUCUCAGUGGCUCUCAUAACCUACAACAUCAUCAUCUCCGGCAAUGCUCCUCUCCGCCAAGACUUCCCCGGCCCAUCUCGCCGCCCCACCAUUACCAUCGACCCCAUCAUCGAGAUGCCACUCCGCCGCCACAGCAGCUCUUCCAAGAGGCUCUUUCAUACUGCUGUCACAGCUUCUGAUUCCGUGUACAACACUUGGCAGUGCAGGGUCAUGUACCACUGGUUCAAGAAGUUCCAGGCUGACCCUGAUUCUUCCAUGGGUGGGUUUACGAGGAUCCUUCACUCUGGGAAGCCUGAUGCGUUCAUGGAUGAGAUCCCCACUUUUGUUGCUCAGCCUUUGCCUUCUGGAAUGGAUCAGGGUUACAUAGUCCUUAACAGACCAUGGGCAUUUGUACAGUGGCUUCAACAAGCAGACAUCAAAGAAGAUUACAUAUUGAUGUCGGAGCCCGAUCAUAUAAUUGUCAAACCUAUACCCAACUUAGCUAAAGAUGGGAUGGGAGCUGCAUUCCCUUUCUUUUAUAUUGAGCCUAAGAAGUACGAGACGGUGCUACGGAAGUACUUCCCUGAGGAGAAUGGACCUGUAACAAACAUAGAUCCAAUUGGAAAUUCACCAGUUAUUGUUGGCAAGGAAUCCCUUAAGAAGAUUGCUCCCACUUGGAUGAAUGUUUCCCUGGCAAUGAAGAAGGAUCCUGAAACUGAUAAAGCCUUUGGAUGGGUGCUUGAAAUGUAUGCUUAUGCUGUUGCUUCGGCUCUUCAUGGUGUUCGUAACAUAUUAUACAAGGACUUCAUGAUUCAGCCUCCAUGGGACAAAGAAAUUGGCAAGUCUUACAUUAUUCACUAUACUUAUGGGUGCGACUAUAAUAUGAAGGGUGAGCUGACCUAUGGAAAGAUUGGAGAAUGGAGGUUUGAUAAAAGAUCUUAUGAUCAUGUUGCUCCCCCCAAAAAUCUAACAUUGCCACCUCCUGGUGUUCCAGAAAGUGUGGUGACACUUGUAAAAAUGGUGAAUGAAGCUACUGCAAGUAUUCCAAAUUGGUACUCAUAGUGGCUUAAAAGGUGUCGUUGGAGAAUGCUAUGGAUAUCCAUAUCUACUGCCAUUUGACAUGGAUGGGGCAACAUACAAAUUUCACUGUUUUUCUUAUGUAUUUGUAUAAUUCUUCUUCCUCUAUAUGUAUGUGACUGGCAUGUGAGACGGACCUGUUGAUUUGUGUCAUCUGGUGUUUCAUAAAAUGCGUCGUGUUCA